AUGGAUAUCCAAGGCUUUCUGACCCCCGCGCAGCUCGAGCAGUUCCAGCAAGAUGGCUAUCUGGUCAUCCCCGACUUUUUCACCCUCGACGAAGCCAAGGCUCUGCGCGAGCGGGCCCUCCAGCUGCUGCAGGACAUGGAUCUGGCUAGCCAUCCAAAGACUAGAUUCUCGACAGGCAUGAAUGGAUCCGAGCAUGUCGGCGACGACUACUUUCUGACCUCGGGCGACAAGGUUCGCUUCUUCUUUGAGGAAGGCGCCUUUGACUCGGACGGCAACUUGGCGGUCGACAAGACCAAAUCGAUCAACAAGAUCGGUCAUGGACUGCAUGAGCUGGACCCGCUCUUCCGAGCCUUUACAGUCAAGCCCGAGCUCAAAGGCAUCGCCAAGUCGUGCGGAUACACCGACCCGCGCGUGCUGCAGAGCAUGGUGAUCUGCAAGGUGAGAAGCGAAGACAGCGUCGUGGGGGUUCCUCCGCACCAAGACUCGACGUUUUUGUACACCGAGCCUCCGUCGGCCAUGGGGUGCUGGUUUGCGCUGGAAGACUGCACGCCUGAGAAUGGAUGCAUGUGGUUCGCCCCUGGCAGCCACAAGAAGUGCGGCAUCACCCAGCGGUUUGUGCGAAACCCAAACGGAUCCGGAACCACCUUCAUCCCGAACCCAGGCCACACCACUGCAAUCCCAGGGCAUGGCCUCUCAUGCAAACGGAGCCUGGUGCUCAUUCAUGGACAGGUCCAGCUCAAAUCGGGCCAUAACACUUCCGACAAGAGCCGAUUCAUCUACACCUUCCACAUGAUUGAGGGGACUCGUCUGUAUGACGAACGGAACUGGCUCCAGCCCGGCCCCGCUGGAUUUACCCGGCUCUAUACCGCCUGA